AUGUCAUACAAGAAAAUCUCACUUUUCCCUGAUGGUAACUCAUACGCAUAUUUUAAUGAUUACAUUAAGAGAUUGGUCAUUGCUAACAGUGAAGGUAUACUCAAAUUAGUCAAUGUUGAUGACUUUGAUUCCCAACCAGUGUCAAUUGAUUUCUUACUGAAUUUGACUUCGGUUUCAUUCCGUAAUGAUACAUUGGCAACGACUACAACCGAAGGUAAAUUGGAGCUCAUAGAUUUGACCAAACACGAGUCAAGGGGAGUCAUUUACAGAUCAGAGUUGCCCUUGCGUGAUUUAGCAUUUAUUAAUCAAGGUAAUCGGAUACUUUGUGGUGGGGAUGAUAACAAGUUGGUCAUUAUUGAUUUACAAAAUGAUAAUCAAUACAAGACUAUCACCUUGCCUGAUCAGUUGUUGAACAUAUCCUAUGACAACACGGGGGAAUUGUGUAGUAUCAGUUUAUCCAAUGGAGAAGUACAGAUUUAUUCUGUAUUUAAUGAAGAGCUAAAUUUACUACACACAUUGACAGAGGCCAUUGAUAAAAAGAUCAACUUGUCCACCGAUAAUAUCGACUUUAAUAAUGAACAUAAUGAUGAAGUGUAUACAUCAAAAACUCAGUGGUCAAAAGACGGACAUUUUUUACUCGUUCCAGCAGUAAAUAAUCUCAUUCAAGUCUAUCAAAGACUGGAUUGGACCAAAGUAAAGCUGUUUACAAGCGACUCCAAGAUUAUUGACUACAACUUAUCUGGAUCCAAAUUGGCAAUCUUGACUUUGAAUACCUAUAAAGUAGUGGAUUUUGACUCUACAAGGACUUUGCAUGAGGAUGAUUUUGAAUUGAAUGAAGAUGCAUUACCAUUGAAUAUCGAAUGGGAAAACAAGUCUAGCCUUUUCAUUGGUAGUACUUAUGGAGAUAUACUAAGAUUGAAGGACGUUGUUCAAGGAGGAGGAGCAACGGAAAAAGAUACUGGAGCCAGUUUGUUUAUGGAUGAUUUGGAGGAAAGUGAUGAUGAAUUUGGAAAAAGCGAUGACCAAACAGAGGUGAAUAGACUUUUAAAUCAUGAAGGAGAGCAACCCAACGGAGCCAACGGAGUCAACGGAAAGCGUUUGUUCAUCGAUGAUAAUGAUAAUGUCGAUCUUGAUGACAACGAGAAUUCGAUUUUGGAUGAUGAUGAUGAUGAUGAUGAUGACGGUGAUGAAGGGGGAUAUUCUAGACCACCCCCACCAGUGCAAAGAAAUGGGUUUAAAAAGCACAAAGCGUCGCCAACAUCGAUGCAGCCAUCACCACCACCACCACCACUGAGAUUCUACACCAGCAAGAUUGUACCAUAUUCGCCCGGAUCUACCCAAUUUGCCAACAAAGGUGAAAUUGUUGAUAGGCGGUACUUGACGAUGAACAAUAUUGGAUACGCAUGGAUUGUAAUCAACAAAGACCCCGGUGCAACCAGUAGCAUCACUGUGUCAUUCUUUGACAGGUCAAUGAACAGUGAGUAUCAUUUCACCGAUUUGCAAAAAUUUGAUCUUGCUUCAUUGAAUCAGAAGAGUAUAGUCUUGGGUGAAAGCACCAAAGGAACGAUUGUUUAUAAAUCACAUAAUGAUGUUGGUAAUGAUUCCUGGGAAAAGACUUUGCCAUUGGUAAAGGAUGAGUACUUGACUAGUAUAUGCAUCACCAACUCCAAAGCCAACAACACUAUUGUCGUGGGUACAAACUUGGGGUAUCUACGCUUCUUCAACGAGUAUGGGAUAUGUUUAAAUGUCAUCAAAACAAUACCUGUUGUGUCGUUGGCAGCUUCUUAUGGAAUCGUCCUAAUGGUGAAUCAAGUCACUGCUAAUGUGUACACAUACACCAUUUUUGAUAUUUACCAAGAUUACAAAACCAUUCAACAAAACUUUCCCAUACCACUUAAAGAAUGCAAAACGCAAUUGAUCAAAGGAAUGUUUUUCAAUGAGUAUAAUGAUCCUUGUAUUGUUGGAGGUCAUGAUGAUACGUUGCUUGUGCUUCAAUCGUGGAGAGAAACUGGAAAUGCCAAAUGGAUCCCUAUUUUGAACUUGCACAAUGCUAUAACUGAGUAUGGAUCGAAUGAGAACAAAUUGAACUGGUCAUGUUGGCCAUUGGGGGUAAUCAACGAUUGUCUCAACUGCUUGAUUUUGAAAAAUGGCAACUACCCAGGUUUCCCGUUACCAUUACCGGUUGAGAUUGAUAUCGAGAUCCCCAUCAAGUUGAGCAAAAAUGGAAAACGAGGAGAUUCCAACGGCGCAGCAAAUGGAGAAGCAAACGGAGAUGCGGAUAAUGAGGAAAUGGAAGUCGACUGCGAAGAACAAUUCCUUCGAUCACUAACCAUGGGCAAACUACUCAGUGACACAGCAGCCAACUACGAAGAGGAACAGCUUAGCGACGACAUCGACCAGGACUCAAUCAUGACCAAAUUGGAACAUUACAGUACCGUCUUUGACAAGUCCUUGAUCAAGUUGUUUGCCGAAGUAUGUAAACAGCUGAAGUUGAACAAGGCGUAUAGCAUUGCCAAAUUGAUGAAGACGGAUAAGGCAUUGUUGGCUGCUAGUAAGAUUAGUGAACGGAUGGAGUUUUUGACGUUGGCUAACAAGAUUGGUCAGUUGAGAGAACAAUUGUUGGUGGAUUUAGAUGAUUGA